AUGGAACUGCAGGAUCCAAAGAUGAACGGAGCCCUCCCUGGGGGUGCUGUGGACUACAGGCAGGAGCACGAGGGCUUCCUGCCCAGCCAUAGUCCUUCUCCUGGGAGGAAGCCAGCCCAGUUCAUGGAUUUCGAGGGGAAGACAUCGUUUGGAAUGUCAGUGUUCAACCUCAGCAACGCCAUCAUGGGCAGCGGCAUCCUGGGGCUGGCCUAUGCCAUGGCCCACACAGGGGUCCUCUUCUUCUUGGCCCUGCUGCUCUGCAUCGCUCUUCUGUCUUCGUACUCCAUCCAUCUCCUGCUGACCUGUGCUGGUGUUGUAGGCAUCCGAGCCUAUGAACAGCUGGGACAGAGGGCGCUGGGGCCUGCGGGGAAGGUAGUGGUGGCCGCGGUCAUCUGUCUGCACAAUGUUGGGGCCAUGUCCAGUUACCUGUUCAUCAUCAAAUCCGAACUCCCCCUGGUUAUCGGCACUUUCCUGGACAUGGACCCUGAGGGGGACUGGUUCUUGAAGGGAAACCUCCUCAUCAUCAUUGUCAGUGUGUUAAUCAUCCUGCCACUGGCCCUCAUGAGACACUUGGGCUACCUGGGGUAUACCAGUGGUCUCUCUCUGACCUGUAUGCUAUUUUUCCUCAUUUCGGUCAUCUAUAAGAAGUUCCAGCUUGGGUGUGCUGUAGGCCACAAUGAGACAGAAGUGGAGAGGAAGAGCCCCCCAAGCCUCAACACAAGCUGUGAGGCCCAGAUGUUCACAGCUGACUCACAGAUGUUCUACACAGUGCCCAUUAUGGCUUUUGCUUUUGUCUGCCACCCUGAGGUGCUGCCCAUCUACACAGAACUCUGCCGGCCCUCCAAGCGCAGAAUGCAGGCCGUGGCCAACGUGUCCAUUGGGGCCAUGUUCUGCAUGUAUGCACUCACAGCGACCUUUGGCUACCUGACCUUCUACAGCAGCGUGGAGGCGGAGAUGCUGCACAUGUACAGCCAGCAGGAUCUGCUCAUCCUCUGUGUGCGCCUAGCUGUGCUGCUUGCGGUGACUCUCACUGUGCCAGUCGUGCUGUUCCCUAUCCGCCGGGCUCUGCAGCAGCUGCUCUUCCCAAGCAAGGCCUUCAGCUGGCCACGCCAUGUGGCCAUAGCCCUGAUCCUCCUUGUCUUGGUCAACGUCCUCGUCAUCUGCGUGCCAACUAUCCGGGAUAUCUUUGGGGUUAUCGGGUCCACCUCAGCCCCCAGCCUCAUUUUCAUCCUUCCCAGCGUCUUCUACCUCCGCAUUGUACCCUCUGAGGUGGAGCCCCUCUACUCGUGGCCCAAGAUCCAGGCUCUGUGUUUUGGUAUCCUGGGGGUCCUCUUCAUGGCGAUCAGUCUAGGUUUCAUGUUUGCCAACUGGGCCACAGGCCAGAGCCAUGUAUCUGGACACUGACCAAGCCCUGCUCCGCCUGGGCCCCCGUGUGCAUGUGCCUGUGCACGUGGAGGAAGAUGGGGCUGCUCACCCGGGUCCCUCCUGCCUGGGGUGUGGAGGUGGCUGGUUCCCAUCAACAUGGCUGUUGGAGGAGGGGGCUACAGAGGCUGAAGAGUGGUCCUCUCCCUUCCUCCCCAGGGGAUGCCGAGCUUGGAUCAUGGCCCUAACCCCAACUCCAGCCCCAUGGGAGGAGGGGGAGGCCAGGUCCUUGGGGAGCCCCUGCCCAGCCCAGUCUUUUCUGCCUCCUCCUGGCAGAAGCUGUUUGUCAGGAUCACCCUCGAGCUAAAGGGGAAGAAUAAAGAUGCUGAAUUGCAACUCUGGCUUCAGUUUUUUGAUCUCUUUCUAGGACUUCUUGGGGGACCUUUCCUAGGUUCACACAGGGGUAAAUUGAGGCCCCAAGA